GUCGUCCCAACAAAUACAGAUUGGCUCCUGUUUCCUGAGAGUCAAGGUGAUUUAACGAUGACAGAUAAAUGCCGUUGAUAAUUUAUCGUGUAGUAAACAUGUACUGUUUAUGUGCGGUCAGCUGACGUCACCGUCACAGUCGCCACCAGCAGCAAAUCUGAGCUGGGAGCUGCGCAGCCGCUCUGCGCAUCCGUCGGCUGAGAGGUGGACAGCGCAGCCAUUUCUCUGCCCCUCAUGAUAAACAAAAACAGGGGGCAGGAUGGGAUGGGAUGGGGUGGGGGGUGCUGGUGGUGUUUGUCCAUCACGCACUUAACUAACCUCCCGUCCGGGAUUCAUGGCUUCAGCAGCAGCAGCAGCACCUACCGCGGCUGAACUCUGCAUCACCCACUGAGAUCGGCGACCUCCAAACUUUCUCCCGAUCCAACGCCUGCGCAGACGAACGCACGGCUCUCUGCUCCGUUUGGCUCAUGUUUUUGUUUCUGUGUCAGCCAUGGAGGAGAACGUGCGAGGAGGCGCCAGCGACCUCGCAACAAUGCAUGUGAAAACUGAGGCGGUGGAUGAAAACACAUCUGCGCCGGAUUUGGGCAGUCGGGAGCCGCCUGCAUGCAGAGGAGGAGGAGGAGGAGGGGGAGGAGGAGGAGGAGGAGUGGAUCAGACUGCAGAGGAGCUGGCUGACACAGAGCUGCAAGCAGCCACGACAACUACUCCUGUACUGCUGUAUCCUGUGAGUACCGACCGGUUCUUCACCACGUCAGGAGAUGGAAAAACUUACCUGAAGAUAGCUCCAGCUUCAGCGAUGCCACCUGCUCCCUCAGAGAAGACGCUUCCCACCGGUUCAGAUUUCUCUUCCAAAGCUGUUCUGUGUCUGAUCGAGGCCGUCGGGCGCCGCUGGGGCCUGUAUGAGACUCGGGAACGCUCACAGCUCUUUCAGAGUGUCCAGGAGGAGAUGGCCUCGAAGGGGCACGUGCUUCCUGUUGAAAAGAUCCGCCGCAAGUGGAACAACCUCAUUGUCACUUACAAGAGGGUUAAAGACCGCAGCCGGGAGACGGGACAUGCUAAAACGUCCUGGGAGUUCUUUGAUUUGAUGGAUGCCACACUCUGCGACACCGUUGGCACUCAGAUCAUCAACAACAAAAGAAACAAAGGUGGAAACGUUGCUUCUGCACUCCCCUGUCCUUUGGCAAAGAUCGCUGCCAAACCACAGUUUCCACAGCCCACCACCAUUAUCCGUCCUAAUGGUGACUUUGCUGUGACUGGUGGUUUGGAGUCAGGUCAGGGAGCCGCCACAAGUCAAAUCAUCAGCAGCACUUCUGCCGUGACCUCAGUGACUACAGCAACCAGUAGCCCAACAAAUGCUCCAGAAGUCAAACCGCUGAUCGUCCUCAACGGUGACAUUGUCACAACCAGUAUUCAUCCAGCCACCAUUGUGCCAUCUCCAUCUUUUAUCUCCUCACCUUGUUUUACAGAAACAGCGUCUACGUCUCCUUCCCUUGGCUCGAGCAGUAACACAGACCUCAACACAUCUCGCUACAUAAGCCGUAAAGCUCCAUCCUUCUCAUCGGGUGUCAUACCUUUUUGUCUUAGUGCGCCAGUUAACAACAGUCAGAAUCUCCUUGGCCUCUCCUCCUCCUCUUUCCCCCCUACGUCCUCCUGUCUCAGUUCUUCUGCUGCCGCCUCGUUAUCUGUAACAACCAUGUCGGGAACUGAAGGACAGAACCAGAAAGGAAACGAGGAGCAAAGCGGCACCGCUUUGCUCCAGGAGAUUCUGAAGCGGCAGGAGGAGCAGGCCUACCUGGAUCGAGUGGCUCGCCGCAGGGUUGAAGCCAGAGAGAAGAGGCGUGAGAGGAGGGAGGUGCGCAUGGCAGAGUCCCUUGGCAGGAUAGCCACGGCCCUGGAGCUGCUCUCGUCCAAACAGGACACAGUCAUUGCCCUCCUGCAGAGACUGGCUGAUCGGAAGUGAUGUCAGGUGAAAGCCUGGAAAGCAGGGGAUCUUUAACCUUCCUUCCCAUCCUGAGAUCAUGUUUAUGAAAACAGCCUAAUACUCACACAUAAUGGAAAUACAAAAAAAAAAAAGGAAUAAAAUCAAAUGAACUGCUCGCUUUUUAAAAUUUAGGAUAAAUGAAGUGUUGUAUUAUUGUUACAUGUUUUACAUUUUAGUGCAUUAGAGUCACUGCACUAACAUCCAAUAAAACAUUCUCCUCAAAUGCACAGUUAAAUAAGAUUUUGUCUGGGUGAGUUACACUGUGCAGAAACAACGGCAAACUUUAGAGUUAAAUGAAAUUUAAGGUAUCAUCAUUUUACUCAGGAGCUCUCUCUAGCAGCUUUGACUUAAAGUUGGAAGGAUUUGACUCACGAGGUAGGAAACUUCAUUCCGUUCCAGGGUCCCAGAAUACAGAACAUCUCACUCAUCUUAGUCAUGAAUAUAUGAAGAUUUAAAUUUGAUACACUGCCUCCGGUACUGUGACUGUGAGUUUCUCUCAUCUUCUUG